UUUCGCUUUUAUGCCGACAAACUGAUUCUCAAUUUUACUUCGGCCGUUACCGAUUAUCUUGCUAUCGAUACUGAGGAAAAGCGCACGAUCAUGCGACGGCACGCAUAUAUGGGAAGAAUAAUUUCCUACGGUAUCUCAAUUUUGGCUUAUGUGGCUGCAACACUUUUUACGCUAAAGCCUAUAUUAGAAAGCAAUACUCAAGUUAAUGUAUCUAUCAAGAAUCAAUUAGCAGAUUUACCCUUACCCUUAACAUGGACCUUAGGAAACUUAGGUCAUAUCUCUACAACUUUAUACUUCACACUUGCUUUGGUGCAAUAUUAUUUAUUAUUACUCAACGUCAACGGCAAUGUUGGUAAUGAUUCACUUUUCUACGCUAUCACUCUUCAUAUUUGCGGGCAAAUGGAACUUCUAAAAAUCGAAUUUACUAAUUAUGGUGUAAAAAGUGAAAACUUAAGUAAAGAACUUUUUGUACUGAUAUCAAGACAUCGUCAUCUUAUGGAGCAUGCGGAACUUCUGGUAGAUGUAAUAAGUUUCGUUUUACUUGUACAAUUGUUGUUCAGUUUGUAUUAUCAUUUGCUUUAUCGGUCUAAAUUUGAUUGUGGCACUAAAAUUACAUGA